GAUGUAACCUGUUUUUAGGUUAGAAUGUUUUAGAUUAACUAUAUAUAUAUAUAUAUAUUAAAAUGAUUUUCUUGCUUGUUUAGUAAAUUAUUAAAAUUAAUAACCUUUAUUGACUUUGGUACUACAAGUUCAAAAAUGGCACUUUGUUUUAGUGUAAAACAUUUAUUUCCUAUAAGCAAAUGUUACGUUAAAAAUAUAAUCUUGAACAAUGUUUGCAAAUAUACUUCUAAAAAUGUCCCUACGACAAAUCAUGCCCUAGAUAAUAUGACCGACUGGGAAACAUUAAGUAAAAAGAAAAAAAUAAGUAAAGCUAUGAAGGCGUAUUUGGAAAGAGCUAAAGAGCAUGAUGAAUUUAUGAAGAAACAAGAAUUCGAAUACAAAAUUGGAAAGAGACAUCUCGCAAAUAUGAUGGGUGAAGAUCCAGAAACGUUUACUCAAAAAGACGUAGACCGGGCCAUUGAAUAUCUAUUUCCUAGUGGUAUCUAUGACCCUGCAGCUCGUCCUUUAAUGAAACCUCCUGAAGAAGUAUUUCCAGCCCGCAAAGCAGCUGAAUUUGAUGAAGCGGGAAGACCACACCAUUUUUUAUUCUACACAGGGAAACCAAAUUUCUUCAAAUUAUUACAUGAUGGUGCUGAACAUAUUCAACAGGCUUAUAAUUUUGAAGACAAGGUUAUUAGAAAAAAAGCAGUGCCUGAUCCUAAUGGUGAACUCAAUAUAGAUAAUAGUAUUUGGUUGACUAAGGAGCAACUUGAACAAGUUUUGGUAGAAAGUAUCACAGAUUUGGAGUAUGACAAUUUUAAAUUAUUAAUGGAGAGAUUAAUCUCUCUUCCUUAUGCAUACAGACAUAAGGAAUUUAUUGAAAAAUAUAGAAAACCAUUGGUUACUCAAAGGUUUGCUUUAGAAAUACCUAAACCUAGCUAUGAUGAUGAAGGUAGAGCCUUUGUUACCACUUAUGAAUGUUUAAGAAAAAAAGCCAGGGGUGAUGUGACUAUUCGUGUUCCUGGAACAGGUAAAAUUACUAUAAACGGUAAAGAUUUGACUUAUUUCGAGGAUGUGCAACCUAGAGAACAAGUUAUGUUCCCAUUAUUCUUUACAAAUAUGCAGGACCGUGUUGACGUGGAAUGCAACAUCGAAGGAGGUGGACCAUCAGGUCAGUCUGGUGCUAUUAGGUGGGGUAUAGCUUGGGGAUUGCGUAGUUUUGUUGAUAAAGAUAUGUUGGAGAAAAUGCAAGUGGCUGGCUUGCUGACUCGUGAUCACAGACGUCGUGAACGUAAGAAGCCUGGUCAACCUGGAGCUAGAAAGAAACCAACUUGGAAGAGGCGAUAAAGUUUAUAUACAAACUUGAUGUAGAUUAUUCUUAAUAAAAAUUUCACUAAUAAUAA